AUGGCUCCAGGCGUGGAUGGACCGGUCGCUCUAGUCAACCCCUAUCCCGACGUCGCUUCAUCCGGGAACCAGAUCCUCCGUUCGAUCUCUGACGAGUCACAGCAUGGACAGGAGAGCAACAAUCCAAGUCAUAUGGUCAAGGUUGAAUUGCCUAACGACCCUCAAACUCCCAGCAGUGAGUCCCUAUUGGACGAAAACGUGUCAUUAUUACUCCAGCUUGAGACUUUGAGACAACAGCGCGGAACUCUCGAGGCCCAGUUACAGGCGGCAGAAGAACGAGAAGCAAUCCGAGCAGCUAUCGCGGAAGAGCACCGGCUUAUUUCGAUCACUCAGCAACGAAUUCAAGAAGCUGACCAUAGAGCUGCUUCUGUACGGAGCGAGGAAAUUCAUGAAUCUCGACGCUUGAAACGCAAGCGGUCUUACUCGCCAUCUCAAGAUCUCGAUAACGAUCGACUUCCGAGAAUUAAUUUUGGCUUUUUGCGCGAUGGGCACAACAUAUUGACAUUGAAGGGGUUUCUAGAGAAGAUAGAGAAUUUCUUCGAGCAAUACGUCGACGUCUACACAAACGACAGGCGCAAAAUCAGAACUGCAACGACGGCUAUUGAUGAAGGUAUCCGCAUACAUUGGGAAUCCUACGUCUUUUCUCGCCGUGAUUGGGAACCUAAUUGGCAUGAUUUCACCACCUUUUUACGUAAUCGUGCAGCUGAUAUCAGGGCAAUGAAGAAAGCCAUCGCUUUGCUCGCCCACUCUCGUCAGUCUCUUAAUCAGCCUGUCGUCGCCUUUUCUGCAACCUUGGAAACUUGGCAAUGCCACUUUCCUCCACAGAAUUCAUUUGAAAAAAAAGAAACACUACGGGUUCGUGUCAACAAACGGUUGAAGAAGGAAUCGGAGAAACCUAGUUGGACUGCGAUCGAGCCAGAAUCAUACCCUGAUUUCGUCUUGCAUUUGUCCAAGAUUGAGAAAUAUCUAAAGACCGGCCAACUUCCACAGCAGGGCUGA